AGUAGAGGUUUAGUUAAAGUGUGACAGGAUAUUUGUGCAGACCCUUCCUUUGUAGGUGUACAGUGAAGGUUGAAGGAGUUUAAACAGACAGGAUAUGUACGGUGCUGUGUGUAUAUAUAUAUGGGAGAGGUCAAAACACAGCAGUGAGCUCCAGGAGACCAACACACCACAGCAACAGACUUCAUCUGUCAACCAUGAGGGUCAUCAACGUGGGUCCAGAUCCCUCUCUAGCAUAUCGGCCAAAUCUAGAGACGAAUGAAAUCAAAGGAAAGGAAGAAUACAGAAACUUCGAGAGUGGAAGUAUUAUUGAUCGUGUGUUCAACACAUACAAGCUGAUGCACACCAACCAGACGCUGGACUUUGUGAAUAAAAAGCACUCUGAAUGGUCUGGUUGCAACCACUCCGAGAUGGGAAUGAUGGAUGUCAUCAUGUCUCUGGACCAGUUAGUGGAUGAGUCUGAUCCUGAUGUGGACUUCCCCAACUCUUUCCACGCCUUCCAAACUGCUGAAGGAAUCCGCCAGGCACACCCUGACAAAGACUGGUUCCAGUUGGUGGGUCUGAUCCACGAUGUUGGGAAGAUCAUGGCUCUCCGUGAUGAACCUCAGUGGGCUGUAGUGGGAGACACCUUCCCUGUUGGCUGCAAGUUUCAAAACUCAAUUGUGUUCAGGGACAGCACCUUCCUGGAUAACCCUGAUGAAAAAAAUCCCAUGUACAAUACUGAAUAUGGGAUCUAUAAGCCAAACUGUGGGCUCAGCAAUAUCUUCAUGUCCUGGGGCCAUGAUGAGUAUCUUUACCAAGUUAUGAAGUUCAACAACUGCUCCAUCCCAGAGGAGGGGUUGUAUAUGAUUCGCUAUCAUUCAUUUUACCCCUGGCACUCCCAUGAAGACUACAUGCAUCUGUGUGAUGACAAAGACUUGCAGAUGAUGCCCUGGGUCAAAGAGUUCAACAAAUUUGACCUGUACACAAAGACCACUGACCUGCCUGACGUCGACAAGCUGAAGCCAUACUAUCAGUCUCUGAUUGACAAGUACUGUCCUGGAAUACUGAAGUGGUGAAAAGGACAACAGAGAAUUCAUUUAUAUAGAGAUUGCAUAUGUAGAAUAACAAAAUGAGUUGACAUGUAAUUGUUUUAUUGUAACACUAAAGUAGAAUUUCCUGUAACUCAACACUAAUAUUACUUGAAAUGUGUUUCAAUACAAUUUGUAUCUCUUUCAAAAUACUGACAUCAUAACUUGUAUUUUAUCUUAGUAGAAACUGACAAUUUAGGCUUCUAUAUAUACCAAAUAUAUCUUAAAAUUCAGUGUAAUUUAAAUUCACAUAAAAGAUAAG